UGGCAAAUUAGUGUUGGUUCAUUGCUAAGAUUAUUUCCACACCUAAACCUUUACCCAAAUUUCCCGCUAGUUAGUUCACAUGUCAAAUUUUUUGAACUACAAAUUUCUUUCAUCUCUAAAUCUUUCAAACUUUUAGUUAAUUCCUUCUGUUUCCAAUCAUGUUCAACCACCAAUUUUCUCUGAGCAAAAUUCUUUCAAAGCAAACACCAUUUUUUGGCAUCAGGUUAUGGAUUAUAUUGGUAGCUUUAGUUCUAGUUUUUUCUCUUCUGAUUCUAACUAUAAUCUUCACCAGCAUUAUUUGCCUACACCGCAAGAAAAAAUUCAAAUCUCUCAAAUCGAAUUUCCUUAUAUCGAAUGCUAUUUCUUGCGGUAGUAAUUUCAGGAAUUUUUACAGCGGAUCGUCCUUGGAUAAGAGACUGUUGUCUCAACGAAUCGGGGAAACUGAAAUGAACCUGGCAAAGCUAGACCAUCCGAAUAAAAAAAUUAUGAGUAGUGUAGAUGAUUUGGAGUCGGCUGGUAGAUACUUCCCUGACGCAUGGAGAGGGAAUAGAUUCAGUUACAAGGAUAUUGAGGUGGUUACUGGUGGAUUUUCCGAUGAAAAUUUGAUCGGAAAUGGUAAUCAGGGUGUCGUUUAUCGCGGUAGUUUGUUGGAUUCCACCAGAGUAGCUGUGAAGAGCCUGUUGAGUAAGAGUUGCGGAGCUGAGCAGUUUAUAACUGAAGUGGAGAUGAUAGGGCAUGUUAGACACAAGAAUUUAGUCAAAUUACUUGGAUACUGUACGGAAGGAGGUUACAGAAUGCUAGUGAAUGAGUAUGUAGACAAUGGAAAUCUGCAACAGUGGCUUCACGGAUGGACCGACGAAAUCAGCCCUCUAACAUGGGACAUAAGGAUGAACAUCAUCCAAGCAGUGGCCAAAGGACUGGCUUACCUUCACGAGGAUAUUGAACCAAAGAUAGUUCAUCACAACCUUAAAUCUUGUAACAUAUUGCUUGAUCACCAUUGGAAUCCUAAGAUCUCUGAUUAUGGGAUUGUUAAGCUCUGUGAUUCUCAAGAAAAUCAGAUAGCAGCACUAACAUAUGGUUACAUAACUGAGGAAUGUGCUUCUGAUGGAGUUGUUGAUGAGAAAAUUGAUGUUUAUAGCUUCGGGAUUCUCGUAAUGGAGAUCAUAUGCGGGAGGAUCCCGGUAGAUCACAAUCAACCCCAGGUACACUUAAUUGACUGGUUGAAGUCGAUGGUCGCGAAACACAAGAUAAUGUAUGUGGCAGAUCCUAAAUUGGCAGUAUUACCAUCUUUGAAGGAGCUGAAACGUGCAAUUUUAGUUGCUCUUCGAUGUGUCGAUCCUGAUUUAAAACACAGGCCUACAAUGGGAGAUGUCGUCCAUAUGCUCGAGCCGCGUGACUUACUACUAAAUGAUGAACUUCGUUUUCGGAGAAAUUCACUGUCUAAUCGAAGUUGCUCACAAGGGAGUCUGAUAGUUACAAAAUCUGCCGAGGCAGAUUUUGCUACUACACACGAAACAGAAAGCAGCAGUAAUGACUAUCAGAAAAUGAUAUUCGAGUAAAAGGUAAUGGGGAUACUCAUAGCAAACUUCAAAAAACACGACAAUUACAUUUAUUUAUUAUUGUAAUUAUUUUAUAUAAUAACAAAAAGUCAUUCAUGUAUCAAUGAAUAAACUACCCUAAAUAGCAGCACCUUACAAAUGUGCUUUAUUUUAUUUCUUAA